AAACAAAUGUCAAAAUAGCUGUCAAAUAACGCGACAUCCGGCCGUCUUCCUUUCCUUUUUUUCGUAUCUUACAAGAUGGCGCGAGGUCCUAAGAAGCACUUGAAACGUUUAGCCGCCCCAAAGGCUUGGAUGUUGGACAAAUUGGGAGGUGUAUUCGCUCCCCGUCCAUCCACCGGUCCCCACAAAUUGCGCGAAUCAUUGCCUUUGAUGAUCUUCUUGAGAAAUCGUCUAAAGUAUGCCUUGAACGGUGCUGAAGUAACCAAAAUUGUUAUGCAGCGUUUGAUCAAGGUUGACGGUAAGGUACGCACCGACCCAACCUACCCAGCUGGUUUCAUGGAUGUCAUCUCCAUUGAAAAGACCGGCGAAAACUUCCGUUUGAUCUAUGACAUCAAGGGUCGUUUCACCAUCCACCGUAUCUCCAAUGAAGAGGCUGCCUACAAAUUGUGCAAGGUCCGCAAGACACAAUUGGGCGCCAAGGGUGUUCCAUUCGUUGUUACCCAUGAUGGCCGCACCAUCCGUUAUCCCGAUCCUUUGAUCAAGGCCAACGAUACCGUUCAAGUUGAUAUUGCCACCGGCAAGAUCACCGACUACAUCAAAUUCGAUUCCGGUAACUUGUGCAUGAUCACUGGAGGUAGAAAUUUGGGUCGUGUCGGUACCGUUGUCAACCGUGAAAGACAUCCUGGUUCCUUCGAUAUUGUGCACAUUAAGGACACUCAAGGCCAUGUUUUCGCUACCCGUUUGACCAAUGUCUUCAUCAUUGGCAAGGGUAACAAGCCCUACAUCAGCUUGCCUAAGGGCAAGGGUGUUAAAUUGAGCAUUGCUGAAGAACGUGACAAGCGUUUGGCUGCCAAGAAGUAAACUAGUUUUU